CGCGCGCACGUGAUAAACGUUCGCCCCGCCCCUUCUCUCUGCGUUUUCGGAGACACAGCUAGCUGGGCUUUUGCUCUCGCUCAAGAAGGAUUUUGAGAAUGACAUCAGAAGUAAAACUGGAGACGGCGAAGUUUGACGCCCGCUUUCCGAACACUAACCAGACGAAGAACUGUUGGACCAACUUCCGUGACUACCAUAGGUGUGUCAAGGCCCGUGGAGAGGACUACGACCCAUGCCAGUGGUUUAAGAAGACGUACAUGAGUCUGUGUCCAGCGGCAUGGGUGGAGGCAUGGGAUGAACAGGUUGAGGCUGGAACAUUCGCUGGCAAGAUAUAGUUAGCAGUGGCUCAUAGACUUACAGCACUUCACAAUUAGCACCAUCUAACAUACCACUUCAUUGCUAUAGUGUAUAAACAGAAAUGUAUAGCAAACAAAGAAAAGUGCAGCGG